AUGUCUGCACUUUCCAACUGCUCUCUUGGUGCUGGCACCAACAGCGCCACCACCACCAACAACACCAACAUGGUUUGCAGCGUGCCUGAUGACGGUGCAACUGAUGCUCCUGCUUGCAUCAGCGCUGCACAGAUCACACAGCUGCAGGAGUUCCACCUCCGCUUGGUACCUCACCCACGCAUCCUGGUCUGCACGCGUCCCAACUGCGGCUAUGGACUUGCGCUGGUGCCAUUGGUGAAGGAGAUCCUGGCGCACAUCAAGCAGUUCCACUCCUAUACGCUGGACGAUGGUCAGCAGGCCAAGCUCAACCCGCUUCUGCAAGAGCUGGACCUGGAGCUUCCGUCUGUGGUGAAGCUCAAGAAGGAGCUUUUGCCGGUGCUGUACAUCCCAGAGCUGGCAGGCAGUUAG